AUGGAUGAUAAUAGCGUGGAACACACACCUGGCUCGCAGAGGCUCACGAAUGACGAUUUUAGGAAAUUGUUGAUGACUCCUAGGGCUACGCCCUCGGGAGGCGCACACCCCGCAGGCUCUGUGCGUGAGGCCAUGGCUAAUUCUGGGUCCAUGCCACCUCCAGCAGAAAACAAAAGUGAACUCCGAAGAAAAAAGAAAUCUUACUAUGCAGCACUGAAGAAACAAGAAGAUAACAAGCUAGCUGAACUGGCAGAGAAGUACAGAGAUAGAGCUAGAGAAAGGCGAGAUGGCCUGAAUGAAUUGGGGCCUGCUGAUCCCACAAGUAACACAAGUAGUGCAUACAGAGCUGUAGCACCCGAUCUUAAGUCAGGAAUGGAUGCCAAAGAGAGAAGAAGGCAACUUAUUCAGGAAUCAAAAUAUCUUGGUGGUGACAUGGAGCACACUCACUUAGUGAAGGGUCUGGAUUAUGCUCUGUUGCAAAAGGUCCGGUCUGAGAUUCAGACCAGGGAGCAGGAGCAAGAGGCUGAGAUGGAACGAUUGGUGUCAAUGCCUGUCGAACCGGUUGAACCAGAAGCGCCUGUCGUGAAGGAAAAGAAAGAAGCUCCUGUGGAAGAGGAAAUGCAAUUUGAGACGACAAUGGGAAAGAAUAUAUACAAUAUGAUACAGGAACAGAAGAGGUCGAAGGUGGUGCGCAACGAGAUGUUCUCGGCGGGCCGCACGGCGUACGUGGUGGAGCUGGAGGACGAGGGCGCGCUGGACAGCGACAUCCCCACGACGCUGACGCGCAGCAAGGCCGACGUGCCCGCGCACGCGCCGCGCAGCGACGCCUCCGCGCACGGCCUGCUCGUGCUCGACAAGCUCGCGCAGAUCUUCUCCUACCUGCGCCACGGACGACACCGCAAGCUCAAGAAGACCAAGGACAAGGGUACGGAGAAGGGUCGCGCGGACGAUUCGAUCUACGGCGAGAUCGGCGAGUACAGCGCGGGCGAGCGGCGCGAGAGACGCGACGAGCGCCCGCGCACCGCCCCCUACUUCGACAAGCCCGCCGACGCUGACAAGGACGACUUGGAGGUGUCUGGUCCCCGACGUACCGAGGAUCGAACCCGUCGCUCGGCGGCCCUGUUGUCUCGUUUAGCCGCUGAGCCUCAAGGGUACGCAGAAUGUUACCCUGGACUGCGUGAGAUGGACGAUGCCAUAGAUGACUCUGAUGAUGAGGUCGAUUACACCAAGAUGGAUGCUGGCAAUAAAAAAGGACCUAUAGGUCGUUGGGACUUCGACACUCAGGAAGAGUACUCGGCGUACAUGAGUAGCAAGGAGGCUCUGCCCAAGGCAGCCUUCCAGUACGGAGUGAAGACACAGGACGGACGGAAGACCAGGAAGACCAAAGACAAGAGUGAGAAGGCAGAGUUGGAUAGAGAAUGGCAACAGAUACAAAACAUCAUUCAGAAACGCAAAGCACCACAGGGAGGGGACGAACCUUUGUACAAGUCGGCUAAAUAUUAG